GAUCGCACUGCUCGAGAGACCACCGCCUGCCCCUCCCGUUGGCCAUAUCCCCUCGGUCUCCCUCGGUCUCCUGGAUCCGUGGCUGCCGGGUCUCCCUCGCCGCCUCUGCCUCUGUUUCGUCUCCCCCAUCUGCCACACCUUCACCACCUGCGGUGUCUCCGUAUCCAUCUGCAGCGUUUCUCUGCCUGGUCUCUGCCUGCCCAUCAUGAGCAGCGUCUACGUCUACAACUCUUCGUCGGCCACCCAGACCGAGAUUCUGGAGUUUUCUCCACCGGAUGGAUGCAUCCAGCUCCACCCUAAAGCGCUGGCGGGCACAGGAAACUGCGACAACAUAAUGGGCAACUACUUUGUCCACACCUCGGUCAUCCGCACCGUUACCGGGUCGACCCAGUCGGUCACCAACCUGAAGGGCCUGCUGCAGCUGAUCGAGCAGGUCGAGAACCCCAACGGAAGCGACACCAGUUUCUGGCGGGUGCUUGGUGGCCCCAUGUUCGAGAUCUUCAAGGACGUCUGCAAAACGAGCAACGUCAGCCAGUACUAUAACCCCUACCAAUUUGCCAGCAACAUUCGUUAUUUUCGAGAGCACAUGUGCCAGGGCCUUGUGAUGGCCACAAACCGGACAAACUACUGCCCCCAGCGUAACCGCACUUGUCCUCGCCUCGAAACCUUUGCCUUCCGCGACUCGCUCGUCUACUCGACACAGCAGCUCUACAGCGGCUGCCAAGCGAACGUUACCAAUGCAGACACCGGCGCCCUCUCGCAAAUCCUCAACAGCUACGUCCCCUCGCAGAUCUUUGAUAUUUCUGUUACGGGGCAAUGCACGCUCUCUGAAGUCCUCGAAUCUCCUGAGCACUGCGGCCUUAUCGACUACUCAAUGCAACCUCAGCCUAUGGCCUCGGUCGAUUCGAGUGGCUCUGCCGGCGUCACCCUAUUUCCCCCGCUCUCCAACGAUGCUUUACAUGACAUCUGCCAGAGCAACCCCACUUCCAUGAGUGGCGGCUGCUGCUCUCGUCUAUCAAGUGCCGACCGACAAACCCAAACCACCCAGGACAACCAAGCCAUCCAGCUCAGCACAACAACCAUCAUCGCCAUCGUCGUUGGCUCCUCCAUCGCCAUAGCCCUCUUAUCCUAUCUUGGUGUGUACAUCUACAGGCGGGGACAAAGAUCGUCACAGAAGCUCGCACGGGCAAAGCAUGACAAGGACGCUAUCGAACUUCAGCUCGCGCAGGAGAUUGUCCGGCCCGUCACCAGCACCACAUUCAGCACAAAAUGGCGAGUCCGGCUAACGUACAAAGCUCGGCGAGAGGACGAGAUCGAUUUGAACGCUGGCGACUUGGUGGUGCUGCUCAGUGUCUUCAACGACGGCUGGGGCCAUGGGCUGAACGAGAACACUCAGCAAGUCGGCACACUGCCGAUCGCUGCGCUGGAAAUCACUGAGGACGAAGUCACGCGCUACAUGCUCCGGAAAAGCGAGGACACCUCCAUGAAAGAUGAGAGUCUGUUGGUCAAGAAGGAGGCGACCUAUCGGAUUUAGUUUGGCGACCGGUCUGCGCCGUCCGUGAUCCUUUCCAACUCAUGGUCAACACUUGCGGCCAGCUACCUUCAGUCGCAUCCGCUUUGUUGGCUCCAAGCACAUCUUCCCAACCAGACGCCCCCGCUGCAUCUUCAGGCUCUUCUUCUUGGUCUGCUCCUGAUGCUAGGCAGUAUGUGGCGUGUCCUGGCACCGUAUUGUCUGCCGCUCGAACCGCUGUUCAAUAUACACGAUCUUGUUCUGCCAUGGCGGCGGUGGCUGACCCUUCAUGAGAAUACUGGCUCUGCCAUGGUGCUGGCUCGACACCCGCAUGCCACAGGCGAGACAAUGAUCUUUCUCAUCUUC